UGUUGCUGGUGUUAUAUAAUUUAAAUUUAUGAUUUGUCUUGUAAACAUAAUAUUUUGUACACCUUAAAUAUAAGACAUGAUACUAUCACUACUAUUAGAUUUUGAGUAAUUGAAUUUAUCUUACGAGUUCUUUGUUUUCAAUCUUUGAGUUAAAAAUGCGUUUCAAAUCAACAAUAUUAAAAAAUUCUGAGGAUCAAUCUGUUGUUUGUAUUGGUUGGACUGGAAACGAUGAAAUAAUAAUCGGAAGAAACGAUUCAACAUUAUCAAAAUGGAGCCAAACUACAAAAGAAAGUAUUAAAUUGUGCGAUUUUUCUGAUGAAUCGUCGUAUCCUAUAGAUUUGCAUAUACUAUCUAAUACUCAGAGGCUCACAAACAAGACAUCGGGGAUUGAACAAAUCCUUAUAACUUCAUCAAAUGGCAAGUUACAUUUAAUGAGCAAAACCACUAAAAUCGAUAAAACCAUAGAUGCCCAUGAAGGUAACGUAACGGUCGGGAAAUGGAGUCCUGAUGGUUCUACUUUAUUAACAGCUGGUGAGGAUGGAUCUAUAAAGAUAUGGUCUCGUAUCGGUAUGUUAAGAACAAAAUUGGUUGUAAAUGCUGAGCCAAUAUUGUCGGCCGACUGGAAUUCUGAUUCAUCUAAAAUUGUGUAUACUCAACAUGAUACGCUUUGUAUUAAAUCAUUAAAAGCGACUAUAAAAACAAUUAGAAUUCGAGGCCAUAGUGAUCUUAUACUCAAAGUAUCGUGGUGUAAAGCCAACGAUUUAAUUGUAUCAGGAGGCGAAGAUUGUUACUAUAAGAUUUGGGAUUCAUAUGGAAAUUCUAUAUUUGUGAGUGAAAAACUCACGCAUCCAGUUACAUCUCAUUGUUGGAAGGCGGAUGGAAAUUUGUUAGUUGUUAGCUUUUACAAUACGAUUCUAAUUUGUAAUCAAUACGGAGUAGUCCUAUCGACAGAUUAUGUUGAUUGUGGAAGCAUUUGUACACUUUGUUGGUCACCAGAUAGUACACAAGUAGCUGCCGUGUGCGCUAAUGGAAAAUUAAUGGUUUCUACUUUGGUCGAAAGAAGUAUUUCAAGACGGAAUUUUCAUUGUUUGAUCACGUCGCGGAAAACAAUGGCUGUUAAGGACAUAUUAAAUGAAACCAAAGAAAACAUCGAUUUCCAACGUAUCGUUCAUGUAGCUAUGGAAUACAGUCAUUUAAUAGUCACCACGUGCACGCAGUGUUUUGUAUAUCAAAUGCCCAAUCUAAACACUCCGCAAAUUAUUAAUUUAAAAGACACAAACGUGUUUAUGAUUAUUUUGACUGAAAAAUAUUUUGCUAUAUUUUCAAUAAGUCGAGUUGAUAUUUACACAUUUGACUGUAAAUUGGUUUCGUCUCCUAAAUGGCCGAAUAUGCAAUGUGACGUAGUUCAAAUGAAUCAGGUAUCCAUAUCUGAUCAUAUAUUGGCUGUAAGAGAUCAAUUAAAUGACAAAAUGAUUCACGUUUUCGAAGUAGCACCGUUGAUUACAUUACCUACAAUUAAACACGAAUUUGCAAUUACUGAUGUACAGUUGAUGACCACCAAGUUCCAAGAUAAACGUUAUUUGGCGUUGAUCGAUUCGAAUAUGAACAUAUUCAUCGUCCAUAUAAGACAUAAAGACUGUGCUAAAACUUACAAGCUUGGUUCAAUGUUUCAUAGCAUGUGCUGGAACGGUCAAACAGAAUCACUGGCUGCGUUGCAAUAUACAAAUUUGAUAGUGUGGUAUGACCCUUUACUUUUACUGAAUGACCAAAUCCUUGUGCGGAAGUCGUUAGAAAAAAGUGACUUGAGUUUUUACGGUAACAAAUUAAAUAUUGAGUCAUACGAAGACAAUAUGGUGAGUUUAAUCAACACAGACGGCGUUAAAGUAUUUGUUCAGGUGUCUCCUUAUCUGGAAGCUAUGAAGAAUUACAUCGGUGCGAGUAAAUGGAUGGAAUGUCGAAUCGUAUGUCGAGACGUGAAGAACGAAGCGAUGUGGGCACUAUUGGCCGGUUCUGCUGUGUUGGCUAAACAGCUCGACACCGCCGAAGAGUGUUUUCUUGCUAUCGGACAGAUUGAACGAGCGACAUUUAUCCAACACAUAAAGACCUUAUCUGAUAGAACAGUACAGGAGUCAUCACUAGCUCUGCUGUCUGGAAAAAUAUCGGAAGCUGAAUCCAUUUUACUCAGAAACGGAUCCACAUUUAAAGCUAUUAUAUUUAACGUCAAUAUACAUAACUGGAGUAGAGCUUUGGAAUUAGCAGUAAAACAUAAGAAAUAUUUGAACAUGGUUAUUUAUAAACGAAGAAAUUAUUUAGAAUUUUACAAAAAAGAAGAAACAAAUGAAAAGUUUUUAAAAUACUCGAAUAUUGAAAUUGAUAACGACGAGAUCUUGAAAGAAAUCGAAGAAGAAAAACAACGUUCGUAAAAUAAGAAAUAAUUUUAUGAUUUAUGGAAUAUAAUAUAAGUAUUUGAAUAUACAAAUAUGUACCUAUC